AGUGAAAAUAGAAAAAGGAAUUUUCCAUUGUUUCGGCAACACGAAAGCUUGCGAGAGAGAGAAAAAAUGGAUCCACAGCUAACUGAAGUGUCGCAGAUGUUCGAGCGAUUCAAAGCUGCAUUCAUUAGAAAAGAUUUCGAUUCAUGCGCCAAUCUCCUUUCUCAACUCAAGGUUUUGCUGACAAAGUUUAGGAGCCUUCCUCCGCUAUUUGAAAACACCCCUAAUUCGGUUAACGAAGUGCUCUUAGCAAGGGAAAUUUACGAACAUGCUGUUGUCCUCAGUGUUAAGAUUGAGGAUCAAGAUGCCUUUGAGAGGGACUUUUUCCAGUUGAAGCCCUAUUAUACGGAUGCUGGUAGCCGUCUUCCACCAUCCCAGCAAGAGUACCUGAUUCUAGGUCUUAAUCUCUUGAGACUUCUUGUCCAGAACAGAAUUGCUGAGUUCCAUACCGAACUGGAACUGCUUUCGGCCACUGCCCUGGAGAAUCCUUGCAUCAAGCAUGCUGUGGAGCUGGAGCAAUCCUUCAUGGAAGGGGCUUACAAUCGUGUCCUGAGUGCUAGACAAAAUGCUCCUCAUGAAACUUAUGUUUAUUUCAUGGAUCUCUUGGCAAAAACAGUGAGAGAUGAAAUAGCUGGAUGCAGUGAGAAGGCAUAUGAUUAUCUUUCAAUUAACGAUGCCCGACAGAUGUUACUUUUCUCAUCUGAUCAAGAACUUUUGGAAUACAUCAAAGAGGAGCAUCCUGACUGGGAGGUGAAGAAUGGAUCCGUGUAUUUCCAGAAGGCUAAAGAUUCUGCACCAUGUAAGGAGAUCCCAUCCCUACAACUGAUUAACCAAACUCUUAGCUAUGCUAGGGAGUUGGAGCGGAUUGUGUAGGCAAGCUGCUAUCCAGUGGUUGCUUUUGCUGCUCUUAAAGAAAAUUCAUAUAACUUGCAAUCAUUUUGUUGUUGUGGGUUUUUACUUUCUACAUUCAGUAUGAAACUUAAAAAAGUUGUUUCCAUUUCAUAUUUCUAGUUAUAUACAUUAGUAGCUUCCAAAUUGCUAGAAUCUAUGUUAGUUGGAUUUCGAGACGAAUGUUGGAUGUGUUUGAAUAUGCAUGCAUUUUGGUUUUCAAGUUUUUC